UUGUGUCCUUAUAGAUAUUUCUCUGCGUAUUCCCUCCCUAUCUGAAUUCCCAUACCCGCUGCAUCUUUUUUUUAAUAAUAUUUCUCUCUCUUGUUGGUUGCUUGAAGAUCGAUGGAUAUAGAAACAGAUUUUCUGACUUACCUAUCAUCAUUGCCGGAUACAUCUGAUGAUUAUAUUGAUAAUGAUGAUGAUGACGACGACGAUGAUUAUAGUCUUUUUAAAUUGUUCGGGUAUGACGAAGAACUAAUGUGUAUUCCUCCACCUGCACCACGGUCUGAUACACAUGAUGGUGAUGAUUAUGAUGAUGACCGUGAUAUGACCGAUGAUGAACGCCGGGUCUAUUCGGAUCAAGUUUCGAAGAGCCACGGGUUUGAUGUAGCCUGCAUACCUGGCGUCAAUGAGUUCCAUCAAAUUCAUCCAAUGGACAUAAACCAAAACUCCAAAAAUUACGAAUCGUAUUCGCAGCUUGCAGUUGACGAAUACAACCGUCGCUUCAAGGACGUAAAAAGAGAGUUGGAGUUUGUGAAGGUUUUGAUGGCAAUGGCUCAGCCUUCCAGGGGAUUCAAGUUUUAUAUGACCUUCAAUGCCAAGGAUCUUGCCGAUGGAGGCAAUAUUAAGACAUAUCAAGCUCUGGUACUAAUGGGGCUAGAUUGUGAGCUGUCAGUAUUAUCUUUUAGGCUCAAACCUUCUCAGGAUGAACAAGAAGGAGAAGGUUUAGGCAGUCGUGAUAAAGAAUGGUUCUGGAAAGAUCAGCUUUGCCACGGUGGUUGUGUUGGAGUUUGAGAAGGUUGCAUGCAUAUGAAUUUUAAGAAGAGUUUAAGAAGGUUGUUGGGAGUAAACAAUUUGGGACUGAUUUGCUUGCGCGCUUAAUCAUUAUUAUGUGGAUGUGGAUGUGGAUGUGGAUAUCUACUACUGUCUUAUGGAAUUAUGCUAUUGGCUUUGCCAAUUUUAUUUUGUGCAUCUUUUUUUAUUAUCCUCCUUUAGGUAGACAACUGAAUUUCAUUAAAAUGAAAUUAAUGGCCUUCUGUUUUCUGUAA